AUGGCCUCCGCAUCACGAAAGCGAAAGGCUUCUGAUGAAGACGGUGAUGAGAUGAGCGUUUCGCCUCUCAGCUCUCCUGCCCCUCACCAGAGACAGCUCGCAAGACCGUCCAAGAAGAGCAGACUCCCCGAACCUCCCUCCCGGGCUCUGCCGUUACCACGACUUCUCGAGACCCUCGACAACAACCAGCUGCGGACCGUUCUCCAGAGGAUAUGCGAGCGACGGGCAGACAUACAGGAGGAGGUCCUCAGCGGUGCUCCGCGCCCCUCUGCGGCGUCCACACUACAGGUCCUGGAGUCCUACCAACAAAAGCUCGCCGAGUCGAUGCCAUACGGCCACUCUAGCUCCGACUACGCAUACUACCGGGUGAAGCAGCCACUGGCCGCUCUCGUCAGUGCCAUCAUGGAUUUCACACCACAAUACCUACCCCCAAUCGAGAACCAGGCCGACGUAUCACUCAUGUACCUGGAUGGUGUCACCAAGGUCGCACACUCGAUGCCGAACUGGGACAGCCAAACAUACAGACAUCACAAAGACCACGUAUACGACGAGAUAGCCAAGGCGUGGGCACUGGUGAUCACCGAGGCGGCGAAGCGUGGUGGCGGAUUCGCUCUUCAUAGGGACGGAUGGGACCAGGUCCUGGCCAAGCACAACGAGCAGGCUGGCGGACGAUUGCAACCAGCAGUGAACGCCCUGGCGAGCAAUGUCGGAUGGUCUGGCACGACUCAGAAUCAGAACGCCCAGCCGGGCCCCUCGGAUCAAAACUCGAUCCUGGACCAGCUGUUGAAUGGGUCCUACGGAGCUCCUGUUCGUGUCGGACCCUUCUAG